AUGUUCUCACGCACUAACCACCACCAUCAACAUGGUCAGUGUGCCAGCUCACCAGCCCCACGGCUGGGUACACGGCAACAGCACUCUCCAGACUCAACCCCAGGCCCAACAGAGUCAGAGAGUAAUGGCCAAAAGCUGCUACAGACCAAGAGGUCAUCCCACACGAAGCGCCUUAUAAAAAAAGGUAGAACUCACCCCUGGAAAUCAGUAGAUGCCUCUCCGGGUCCCUCUCCACAGCACUCUGUCAACACACCCAUACCAUUGGCGGACCCACACAGUGCCCCAAAUACCGAUGCCGCACCCCCAUUCACUCUGCCCCUACCAGCUGUGUCUUUGGACAUUGUUGCCGGACAGGUUGCUCACCUCAAGACUCUGCUAGACUCCAUUCUGGCAACGGUCGCAAUUAUACAAAGCAUUUUUCAUGGUACCGUCACACUCAGUGACCAAACAAUGCACGCCGCCCUGCUGCUACACUCAACCUUAUUCCCGGCAGAUCCGAAAUAUUACCCCCAAAAUCCUGAAAGGGUUACUAAGCCCCGGUCAUAUGCUACAGUGGCCAAAACUACACCAGUGGCUCAAUCAACUUACAUGCCGCAGAGAACAUUCCCAGCUCCAACUGCUAGAGGCCCUAUUAAGACCCGUCCUCAUAUCACUUGUCCAACCCGCCAUUAUUCCUCAAAUAAUUGCCUUAUUGCAUCAUGGGAUAAUUUUCUACUUACACAGCUAUCUGGUCCACUUAUUGAUUUUGUGGAGCGACUCAAUAGCGAGCUCUUGCUAAUGUCACGGGACUCCCCUUGUCAUGUUCUCGGAGCUAAGGUUUCAAAAUCAGGAAGGCUCAUUAUCCACACCACAAACAACACUGGAACUGCUAGAAUAAAAGCUUGCCUGAUAACCAUUCUUCAAGCAACUCAGGCCUCUGAUUGCUUUUCUAAUUUUCAUUCAACUAUUAGUGACCCAUCCACAGUUUACUCGGAUGUGCCAUGGCAUGGUAUAGUGGUCCAUGAUCUCCCAGCUGAUUUACUUUGCAACUUUUUUGACUCCGCCACUCCAAAAAAUAGCACACCACAAACAACACUGGAACUGCUAGAAUAA